AUGGAAAACGUAAGAGUGCUUUCUCCAAAUUUACUGCCUCAUCGAGUCCUGUACAACUUGAUCACCUCAGGUAGUAUAGAACCCAGCUCGAUGUCCAACUAUGAAAGUGUGCAAGACAUAUCUGAAAUCAAAAAGGUUCUUAUUACUACCAAAGCGACACAAAUAAAUGACAAAAUUUCAUUCCUCCACCUUUUCCAAGUUCUUUCCGAUGCACUCGUCGCCAAGGAUGAUGUUCAAAAGUCGAGUAUUGUAACCAUUGAUACUCUUACAAUUUGGUUUCUUCGGGCAAACCAGUACUCUAAAGCAUUAGGAAUUACUUUCAAUGACUCAGAAGUACCUGUUACAUCACUCACACAGGUUGCACGCUUUGUGUUUGAUUAUUUUGAGAGUGGAUCAGGUGCGCUUUCCAAUGCCAUGACUUCACUACUAUCUCGACUCUGCCAAUUCACAAACAACAUGCAAGGCAUUGAUUCACGAAAUGUAUAUGGGACAUGGCUCAAAUUAAUCAUGGCCAUGCCUAAGACGCUGAAAAGUUUCUUUGUUAUCUUAGAGGCCAUUAUAAAAGAGUCAGAGUCAAUUGCUAAACAACUUCUAGAAACCUAUCACGAUUUUCCAAGAGAUUGCAUCAACAUGUUAGAAUAUAAUGCAUUGGCAAAUGUUUCAUCAAAAACUUUUACAAUUGUUCAUUCCAAAACCUAUGGUUCAGGUGUGAAGUUCAUGGAGAGUUGGAAAGACUUGGUGAUAGAGGGGCUCCAAAGGAAAGAAACACGGGAUAAUAUCACAAACACUCUCCUUCAAAUGCUCUUCCGUCAGUGUCCAAAUCUUUACUUGGAAUUCUUGAAGGAAAUCCGCAACCUUCAUGAUGAUGAGAUAUUUCUAUGCGUUGCAAAAGUAGGACACAAAAUUGUCCCAAAUUUUGAGGAGGUCGAUGACUUCGAUCAAAUAUUGAAUGCACUUUCCAGUUCCGAUUCCAAUAAACGCUUAGAUGCAUUUGAAGUGAUUGUUGGUUGUAUGAAGUCGACAAAAUUGACAGCCGACAACAUUUUGCUCGCGAUUAUGAGUCCGCUGUGUCUUGAAGUGUUCUCCAGAGAAAGUAACAGCCCGCAAUUGCGCAAUAGGUACCUCACUUUGAUGCAAAGAGCUAUUUUGACUUUGCGGGAUUACAUUUCAAACUGCGAGAAGCAUGUUCAGAAACAACUAGAUGUUCAACCUGCAAGGUGUGAAAUUGAACACACAGUGGGUGCUCUUAAACAAAUUCACGAUUAUUUUGGCCGUCAAAUGGUUCCUACUUCCUCCUAUUGUCUGCUUAUAUUAGCUGCUGAUAUCUUGCAGAUAUUCAUUGUGCAUGGUUUUGACGGUAUCCAAAGAAGCACUAAAAGGCAACAGAAGCAAUGCUCAAAAUUGUUCGACAUUUAUACACCUGUCUUUAUCCAAAACUUAUUAAGAAUGUCGUCAAAUAACUACGAGGAUAUCAGAACCAGAGCAUCAUUUUUGUUACGAUUUUGCCCAUACCACCUUUUAGACCAAUCUUUGCCUCAUCCACAAGACGUUUAUAUCCGAAACACAAUUAGAUUACUUCAUUCGUUAAAAGGGCGUCAAAGUGAUUGUACUGCGGAAGUGAUAUUUACGUUGGCCCAAAUCUACGUUAAGAAUGACGUAAACAAAUAUGAGCACCUUCUUGACUGCUUGGUCGAAGAAUUGAAGGAAAUCGAUCUCUCUUUGAUAGAUUUCCAAUCUCCUCAUGGUCUUUUUACCGCUUUCGCGAGGAUUUUGUCUUCAACUGAUGUUCAGAUCUCUCUGACGCGAGUAAUGCAUCAAAAUCUACUUGACUUCUUAAGACUUAAACUUUCAGAAAGUUGGAAUUCUAUUAAAAAAGGAAUGCUCGACACAUCCAUCGCGCAGAAUGAAUACAUGAAUGAUAAAUGGCGAGUUCUAAAGGAGUCCUCUCAACUAACGCGAGUAUUGGUGGAGCUCUCUUCGAGGUGCCUGGAUUUCAGUUUGAAUGCAGACGAUUUUGAAUCCUUAAGUUGGAAUUUAGUAGAACAGUUGACUCUAGUUUCACACAGGGGCGCUUUCUCGGCAAUUCAACUCAAUUUUGUGGAGGUUUGUAAAACUUACAUCGCGCAAGGCGAAGGAUGUAAGCUCGAAAAGUGGCUUCAGCAAAAUUUAUCCUUACUAAGGUCUCACACUCAAUUGAUUUCAAGAAGAUCAGGAGGAUUACCAUACUUAAUAACAGCCAUAUUGAAUGGUAUGUCUUCUGAUCCACAAUUAACAGAAGAAUGCAUCAAAUACACUUUUAAAGAGCUUUUAUCAAUCGCCUCUCUGGAGUAUUCCUUUGAUGGAACUGAAAUCAUGGACAUUCCCCAGGUCCAUGCAUACAACUGUAUGAAACAUAUUGUUGGUGAAAUUCAAAACUCUACAGUAGAUGAGUUCAUCAGCGCUGCUUUGGAGAUCUCUUUUCAAAAUCUCGACCACGAGUCUUGGUCAAUGAAAAAUGCUGCUGUGAUGACUUUCACGUCUCUCCAGCUUCGAAUUUUUGGUUCCAAUCAGAUGGGCGAUGUUUUGCCCAGAAUGAAUGCACCCUUGUUCUUCUUAAAGUAUCCUGGGGUGUCUCAAAUCUUGCUUGACAAAUUAGAAAAUUCGCAUGAUAAGGUCAACGUUAUAAUUCCAGUUCUUUCCAUUUUAUCAAGAUUGGCCAGUCACAAGCCAGAUGAUGAGAGAGUAGCAGUCUUUUUGGAUGUCCUCAAUUCGAAGUUCUUGGGACAUCGGGUUUGGAAGGUUCGUGAGAUGAGUUCUUCAGUUAUUGCUUCUUUAUAUCACUCGAGUAAGAUUUCAGAAAUGGCCAUGAACCUCGCUGAUCGAAUUUUGGAAAUGUCAUCAUAUAAUAAAAUUCAUGGAGCAUUGCUCUGCAUUGCAAAUAUUUUGCGAAACUUCACAGCUGACGACAAAGAUAGGUUGUGUGAUAUCGUUGUCAAAAUGACAGAUUUCUUUGACUUACUUUCGAAAGCGAAAUCACCCAACUGGACAUUGAUUUCAGCUUGUACGAAAGUGUUAUCUGUUAGUCCUCAUGAUAGAACAGAACUUCUUGUCAAUGACUUCUUAAUUAGAAGUCUUGAGAAUCCCCCAGACUUUCCAGAUGCCACAAGACGAUUAUGUUUGAGGGAUUGUGCAAAGUUGGUCAUUUCGGAAGGUAUGAUCAAGAAGAAUUUCUCAUCGAUUGUGAAAAAUUCAGUUUAUGCUUUCAGCCUCAGUGAUGAGUACGAAGUUGUUUUCACAUUUCUUGACUUUUGGGACUCUUUACCUGUUGAUUCAGAAUUGAAAGUUACUGAAGUUGCAGAGUCCGUCCAAGGUUUGGCCCAGCGGCUUUUGAAGAAUGAUGGCUGGACAUAUCUUAUUGCUAAGGUGCUUAAUUUCCUCGUCAAAAACGACCUCCCUCUCCAUAAUGCAGAAUUGUUGACUUUAGAUGAUAAAUACUCACAAGUUGCUGUCCCUGUGUGGUUCCUUCAAUUGAAGAAUAGCGACAAACUCGAAACUGACCUUGCGAUCAGAUAUUCAGCGAGUGACCAGGACGAAGAAACCCGGAUUACAUCUGUGCUUGCAGCUAAAUUCAUUCUAGAAAAUAGUGAUAAUGCUCAAGUGAAAGCUGGAGCAGCCUUCUUACUUUUCCAGAAACUAUCAGACGCUUCGUCUGACGUGAGAGAAGCCUCAAGAAUCGCGCUCUCGAAACAUUUGAGUCUCAAAUCUAGCAGUGUGGUGACCACCAGCCAACAAUUUGUGCCAUAUUUUAUUCAGAAUUUUGGCUCUUUAAGAUGCAAAGUUGUCUCUGCAGAGUUGAAUUCUAUUGAGCAGAAUUUAAAUGAUGCAUCAAGGGAUCUUCAAUCGAUUGACUUUGAAGUUGAAAGUGACAACUUGUACAUGGAUGAAAUUUUAUAUCACAAACAAGUUGUAUCAAUGUUACGAGUUUCCGAUGAAAACUAUCCAAACGUCAUUGCGCAAUGUGUGAAACAUAUUGAAAAUGUUUUAGAUAGGGUUUCCAGUGAUCUUGAGCCGAUUAUUACUACCUGGACGUUCAAUUUCCAUCUUCACGCUGCCAUCGGUAAAGCUUUCAAUUACAGACUUUUGAAGGAUGAUCUGAAAAUUAUUUACAAAUCCUUGGUAAAGUUGGCUCAAAAAUUAGAGGAUAUCGGCUAUCCACUUUUCGAUGCUGAUUAA